UGUUCGCGUAGAGUCGUUUCCGGAGACAUUUCAGUGCUGAUGAAGCGGACAUAAGAGAAUAAAUGAAUUAAAGUAUUUAGUUCGAGCGAUAAAGGAACAGCAAUUCUCGUACCAGUGCAUACAAUAUUUUGUUUGAAACAGUGUUUUGGAUCAACACUGCGUUACGAAAUGAUCCCAACGACACGUUUACUAGCGUAGCCAUGUCCUCAAUAGCCGCUGCAAAGCCGUGUUGUAGCUAGCUAACGUUGCGAGAGGGACCAAAGCUAACGUUAGCUAACGUAACUCGCUAGCUAGUUUUCUGUUUACGUUGACUUUUCCGUUACAUCCCACGUCUCUGCAGUAGCAUUAUGGUGUGCUGUGUCAAUUGGCUUUUUUUUGUAGCUAGCUAGUUUACUAUACAUAGCCAAGUAGAUAGCUAACGUUGGCUAGUUUAAAUAACUUUUUAAACCUAAUUACUCCCGAGUUCGGCUAACUAGCUAAUGUUAGCUUCUAACUCACGACAUUGUUCAACACAAAGACCGCUGCGAAACCCAACUAUCAACGCAAGGGUUUCGUUUGUACUACGUUAACUAGACAAUCUUGCUAGUUAACGUUAUCUGGAAUACGAUGGCUUCUUCGUCGGGAAACGAUGACGACCUCACCAUUCCCAGGGCAGCUAUCAACAAAAUGAUCAAAGAAACUUUGCCCAACGUACGGGUUGCCAACGAUGCGAGGGAACUUGUUGUGAACUGUUGCACAGAGUUCAUACAUCUAAUUUCAUCAGAGGCGAAUGAAAUAUGUAACAAGUCUGAAAAGAAGACUAUAUCUCCUGAACAUGUCAUUAAUGCACUUGAAAGCCUGGGUUUUGCAUCAUACAUCACAGAAGUGAAGGAUGUCUUGCAGGAAUGUAAAACAGUAGCACUUAAGAGGAGAAAGGCCAGCUCUCGCCUGGAGAACCUGGGUAUCCCAGAGGAAGAGCUCCUUCGACAACAACAGGAACUCUUUGCUAAGGCGCGGCAGCAGCAAGCAGAGCUAGCCCAACAGGAGUGGCUCCAGAUGCAGCAGGCUGCCCAGCAGGCCCAGUUGGCUGCAGCAUCCGCCAGUGCUGGACAGCAGGCUGGCUCCUCCCAGGACGAGGAUGACGAGGAUGACAUGUGAUGAUGAAGAUGACACCUUGGACUGGGAUUUGAGCAACAACAAGAAGGCAGGGUCUUCAUUAGGGCACACCAUAGCAAAACAUUUUGCAAUGGAUACUGAAAGCGAUCGUCUGUUAUUGGAUAACUACAGAUAGUAGGCUACCACCCUGUUUCGGGCUGUUUUCUCCCUGUUUUGUGACUAUUGAACACGACCCAGGCCAAAUCCCUUAUUUUCUUUGGACAGUGUCAGCAAGCAGCCCUCUCUCUCCCAACGAUCUCAUUGGCAGAGAUCUGAGCUGUGUUCGGACAUUAUGCACAAUAAUCCCACCAGUCCAGUAUCAGGCGUACACAUUGUUAUGGACAGUUUCAAGGUAUAUAGAUAGAUAUCUUUUUUUCUUUUUUUGACAGCAGUACCUGAAAACGAACAUAUUUGGAUAAAGAUGCAUUUUCAAGCAUUCCUCCACUUAUCCUAAAUUUUAUUUUUGCCAAUCACAAAUCAAAUGUUAAAUCUGUCAUGGAAUUGUGUCAUGUACUGUGUGGUUUGUAGAUUGGAGAUUAAUGUUGGAUGCAAGGUAGCAUGGAAAAUGCUGCUGAAGGCAGAUGGAGUGUUGAAAAAAAGUAUCAUGGUUUUGGCUAUGUUGAGAAAAGAACGUUAGUACAGUUCAGGUACUGCUCCUUUAGGUUGUGUUUCUACUAGAUUGUUUGGGGGUUUCAGGAGAACAGCUCCACACUCUUUGUCAAAGGUGGGCUUUACUUAUUCCUCCUACUGGCUUGUGAUCCUUUUUGAGUAGUCGUUUUUACAGAAAUAGUUCCUUCUUCGUAUGUUUGUUUAACAGGACGGAUGUGUCCCAAACAGCACCCUAUGUCCUAUAUAGUGCACUACAUUUGACCCGAACCCUAUAGGCCCUGGUCAAGUAUUCUACUAUAAUGGGAAUAGGGUGCCAUUUGGGACGCACACAACAUUUCGGAAACACUUAGAGGGGUUGUGAAUAUGAUUAGUAAAAUAGGAUUUCGAAAUGCUUUUUAUUUUAGCUCAGUCAUUAUCUAAGUAGGUUGAUGCUUUUUUCUUAUGUUCACCUACAGUAUUGCUAAUUGAUUAGCUACUCAUUUGAGAUUCUUUUUGACCCAUAGAACCAAAUAUAUAGGUUGUAUCCCAAAUGGCACCCUCUUUCCUAUAUAGUGCAAUACUCUUGACCAGAACCCAAUUGGCCUUGGUUAUAAGUAGUGCACUAUAUAGGGAAUAGGGUGCAAUAUGGGGCAUAGCUUAACAACCCUGAGUAUAUGAGAUGAGGCCAAGGUGUAUGUUCCAUGUGUAGAAUAAAGAGACUUGGGUGCAGUGUGCACUCAGGUUACUGUUCACAAUGCUGAUGGUAACUUUUACUUUGUAAAAAUGCUUUAUCUUCUUGGCUUAAUCUGCUUUUGUUUGCAUCCCAAAUGGCAGCCUAUUUUCUCUAGUGCAUAUGAAUACUUUGUCUCUAGUCAAAAGUAGUGCACCGUGUAGGAAAUAGGGUUCCAUUUGGGGCACACACUUUUUCUCCAGUGUGGUAUGAAAAAGUUGCAUUGUGAAUGUGUGGUGAAUUCUUUAAAAAUGUAGAGAUUGGUAACCUCUACGUGUGAUACACAUUCACAUGCCUUCUAUAAAGUUGUAUUCUUUAAGCAAUAAAGUUAACAUGUUUUAUAGAGACCAACCCUU